AUGACCUCAAUGGCUGGAAAGCUGGCAAUGGAUCGAGGAUGGGCAAUAAAUGUGGGAGGAGGCUUCCACCACUGCUCCAGUGACAAAGGAGGAGGUUUUUGUGCCUACGCUGACAUCACACUAGCGAUCAAGUUUCUCUUUGAGAGGGUGGAAGGAGUUGCCAGGGCCACCAUCAUCGAUCUAGAUGCCCAUCAGGGAAACGGCCACGAGCGGGAUUUCCAGGAAGACAGACGCGUUUACAUAAUGGAUGUCUAUAAUCGCCACAUCUAUCCAGGAGAUGGAUAUGCGAAGAGGGCGAUUAAACGAAAAGUGGAACUGGAAUGGGGCACAGAAGACAUGGAAUAUCUACAGAAAGUAGAGCUCCAUUCAGAAGGGGCGCUGAAUGAAAUACGGCCUGACAUCAUCAUAUACAAUGCAGGCACGGACAUUCUUGAUGGAGACCCUCUUGGAGGGCUGGCUAUAUCCCCACAGGGUAUCAUAAAGAGAGAUGAGAUCAUCUUCAGGGCAGCCCGGCGACGAGGAAUCCCCAUCCUUAUGGUGACGUCAGGGGGCUACCAGAAGAAAACCGCCCGCAUCAUUGCUGACUCCAUCCUGAAUCUGCACAGACAGGGUUUGAUUGGUGAAGAGGCUGUAGAGGGUGCGGGACCCUCACAUGCACCGCUCAUGAUGAGCAAAUCUGUGUCAUUGGGGGCCACGUUCAGUGCCAUUUAAACUCUCCUAAUCUUGGACCUUGUCAAGUGUGUCAGACACACUGUUCAUUUAUCUAAUGCAAACAUUUAGAACUAAUAUAAAAUGUUCUGGUCAGGGAUCUAAUGGUUUGGUGGUUUGGACCGAGAUUGACUCAGGAUAGUUUUCGUAGUUCAUCGAUUUGAACUAUUUAAACUUGUAUGUUGCAUUUUUUUGUGAUAGUUUUGGAGUGAAAUUUUGAAAUUGGGUAAUAUUUUCAACUUUUUCAUCCUUUC